AUGGGUGCGUGCACCUCUCAUCGUGUGCGAAAGCAAGUGGGCUGCAUUCACCUGACGAGCCUGCCUGAUCACGAGGAAGACAUCAAAUGCAUUUGCUUCGCAUGUCUGCCGUUUUUUUUUUUUUUUGUGCUUGUGUGCGUGUGUGUGUGUGUGUGUGUGUGUGUGUGUGUGCGCGUGAUGGCGAGCAGUGGCAGUGCAGACGAGCGAUCCGGCGCCGCUUCGCGCCCAGCUAGAGCAACGGAAAAACCGAGCAAGGCUGGAGACAAACUGAGCAAGGCUGAAGACAAGCUUAAAAAUGCUGAAGCCAGGCUGGACAUCGCUGAAGCCAAGCUGGACAGCGCUGAGGAACGUGCCCAGGCGUGCAUGGCCACGGAAGAGCAAGCCAAUGCCGAAGUGAACGUGGCCAAAGCCGAAUUGGGCGUGGCCAAGGCCAAAGUGAAGGUGGCCGAAGCCAAACUGGGCGUGGCUGAAGCUAAUGUGGAAACGGCUACAAAUGAUGGAGACCGAGCCCGAGCCGAAGCAAGUGUGGCCAAUGCCAAAUUGAAGGUGGCCGAAGCCAAACUGGGCGUGGCUGAAGCUAAUGUGGAAGCGGCUACAAAUGAUGGAGACCGAGCCCGAGCCGAAUCAAGUGUGGCCAAAGCCGAAGUGAACGUGGCCAAAGCCGAACUGAACGUGGCCAAAGCCGAAGUGAGCGUGGCCGAUGCCAAAGUGAGCGAGGCCAAAUUCGAACUGGGCGUGGCCAAAGCCAAAGUGGAAGCGGCUACAAAUCAUGGAGACCGAGCCCAAGCCGAGGCGGGCGUGGCCGAUGCCGAACUGAACGUUGCCGAUGCCAAAGUGAACGUUGCCGAUGCCAAAGUGAACGUGGCCAAAGCCGAAGUGAACUUGGUCAUCUCGCGUCCACAUUCCGCAGAGCUGAACCAUGUCUUUGAAUCGUACUUGCAGACCUUGAAAGACGAAGUAGUCCGUGCUUCCCAGGCGCGGAAUAACGCUGCAAGCAAAACGAACUCACCCAUGGCGGCUGCAGUGAGCCCUCGCCCCCAGCAAUCCUCUGGCGUGUUGGUGGUGCCAGCAAGUGCGGUCGUGUCCGGGGCUUCAGGGGACGGGUAUCUAGACUAUUACAAGCAAGUGACCCGGAAGGGUCGAUACAAAACAGCCGACGAGUCAGAGGUGGCCCCGUUCCGUUCGGAGCUCACGUCGGAGCAGGAAACCAUGGCCGACAGCAUUCCAAAGGGCCAGCGCACUUUGGAAGCAGAUCUCCAAAAAGCCUGGGUUGACUUUCUCCAGAAGCAGACAAAGAAUAUCCCAUGUCGCGUUUGUAGCUCUCCCAAUGUUGCAACUCUGGGCCAGUUCAAGCCCGACAUUGUGUUGGGGGCAAGAGAACCUUACAGGAAUGGAAACAUUGCCUGCAUUUUGGAGCUCAAGCGCAACGCGAAAGACUUUUCAUUUUCGGCUCUUGGCCAACUCUUUUCUUAUUUGAAUACAUUGUUGGAGCUGUCUCCAACUCGACACUUCUGCUUUGGCGCGUUGGUGAACUGUUUCGACUUCCACAUCAUCCGGGCAUAUCGAUGCAGCGGAACCGGCUUCAUUCACUUCGAGACCAUAAUACAGGGCCAUUUGAGGUCGGGCGCGCCCCUUGUCCGACUGCUGACCAUGGAACCUCGUGAGCUUGGUUUCGUGGACUUGCGCGUGACCAUUCCUGACAACGAUGAGCGGCUGUUGUAUUGCCAUCCACACUGCUUUCUCGGCGAGGGCAGGCACUGCAAGGCGUACAAAGGCUACUUUCAUGACAAGCCGGUCGUCUUCAAGAUUUUCCAGAACGAAGCCGCCAUGAAGCAGGAGCGUGACAUGCUUAUCAAGCUGGAUUUGGCUAAGGUUGAAAAUGUGCCUGUCCUCAAGGGUUACUCGAAAGGGCACCCCUACUGCUGCGUCGUGACCCCUGUAGGCGAGAAAUUUGCCACGCCUCCCACAAGACACGAGCUAUCAAUGCUUUUGGAUGUGCUCAAGGCCGCGCACAAGGCCGGGCUUGUUCAUCGUGACCCGCUUCCCCGCAACUAUUUUCGAGUGGGUUCAAAAAUCCUGUUCAACGACUGGGGGUCGGCUGAAGAGAUUCGCACAGGCCAGCCAGUUGUACCCACUGGCUGGCCUUGUGAGCAAGCAGAUGACAUGAUUGACGAGAGUGCGGUGGUGCCCCAGUUCCGACAUGACCUGGAAAUGUUUGCAAAGGGCAUCUUCUUGCGAAUGGUGCAAAAGGGCGGCUGGCCAAAUGACCUGCAUAGCACUAAUUGUUGGGAUGAGGGUCAGUUGGGAUCUAUCUGGCGACCUGUCUUGAACGCUGCUCGCUCGCUACCCGAUUUCCUUACCGGAGAAGGCUCACCCGAAGAUUUUGUGCAAAACCACGAUGAGACAUACGAGAACUUCAGAAACACGCUCUUGAAGUCCUAUGAUUGCCUGCUCUCUAAUGGGCCCGUUUUGUUUUGA